UUCUUAGGUCCCACGCUGAUCGUAGAAAAGAAACAGAACUCAUCUCGUGCAGUUUAUUUUACUUAUAUCAGUGACUGGGAUUCUAUUAUAAAACGAAUUCUUAACGAAAGACUCUCCUAUUUAUUCGUUUUGAUGCACAUAUAAUAGCUCAACUGGAAGUUUCCCUUUAAUCCUUCCUUCCUUCCUUCCGGUACCAUAAAAACCAUCACUUUUAGUAAAUAUUCUCUAUUUACCCCCAUUUUAUUUUUAUAUUUGCUUGCUUUAUAAGGCUUAACUUGCUUCUUUUCUCACUCUUUCUUGAUCAGCUUAAACUGGGUUCUCAGCUGACCUUUAUUCCACGUUUGGCUUUUCUUUCUUAGAGCGAUACAUAAUCAACUUUUAAAAUCUAUUCGAGGAGCUAUUUUUCAUCGUACAGGUUGCCCAAAUAUCAACUCUUUUUCGUGUAGAAAUUUAAAAAAAGGAACCCCUUCUUUUUUUUUUUUGUUGACUACGCGGCUAACUGUUGCUGUUGGUAAAGGUUCGCUUUAGAAAGUAUUUUCAUCUUUAUUUUUUUUGAAAGGUAUUACUUUGCUCCUUUCCAUUCUUUUCGGCUAUCUGCCUUCAUAUUAUUUUCAUACCUUAUAGACAUUUAUUUUCUGUCAUUUAUCAGGAAUCAUAUUACACUUUUCACUAAACGGGAUAUUAUUACGACAUGAUUUAUCGAAUCGCCGCCAGAUAUCCCAUUCAAGUGAUCGCCGUCGUGUGUAUCCUUGUCUCCAUGGCAUACUAUUCUUUCCUUGAGACCCUUACGCAAGAAGAUUUUCCAGUUUUGCUUCGGGCCUUGAAACGAUCCGGCAUCUUGGACGGAGGUCUUGUUUCUGAUCCUUCUGGAAUAGUAUUAAAACUUUCUAGAACUGAAACCCCUAGCGGUGUUGCUUCUGCCUGGGAACCUAUCCCUUCUGGCCAGUCUCAAGACAUUCAGGCUGUUGAUUUUGACAUUACUCAAUGGUAUCACCCAACUUCAGUUAAUGUGAAUGUGGCCCAACUUGCUGAACCUUAUCUUCAUGAUUGUCUCUUAAUUGAUUCCCCAUCUGGUGCUUGUAAGACUUUUUCUAAAGAAGUUGGUAAUUGGACUGUUUCAAGUAUUGCUAUUCCUGCUAAUUUGGCCAAUCCUCCUAUCGACUACUUCUUAGAUGGUUCUAGCACAGUCGUUCAAAGAGUUCUUCCUGCAAUUCGUGAGCAUGGCAUUUCUUGGUCUUGGCUGCUCCAGCUGAUCGCUCGCACUUGGAUGAAUACUUUAAAAAUAACUGGUCAAGCUUCUAAAAUGGAACUUCUCAUCGUUGGCACUGCCUACGCGUGUAUGUUCAUUUCUAUUAUCUCUGUUUACAUAAAAAUGCGAAGACUGGGCUCUAGGUUUUGGCUAUUCUUUAGUGUGUGUAUGUCUACUUUAUUUUCAGUUCAAUUUGCAAUGUCUUUGAUCCGUUUCUCCGGAGUUCGAAUCAGCCUUGUAUCUUUGAUUGAAAGCAUGCCCUUCUUAUUGAACGUCGUUGCUCUUGAUAAAUCGGUGAACCUUACCAGAGCAGUUAUGUCUCGUUGUGCGUCCUCCGAUUCUCGUUCUGCCACUCACGAGGAUGUUGCUGAAGCUUGUAGGGAUGCAGCUCCUCCAAUUCUCCGUCAUUUCUCCUUUGGAAUUGUGGUUUUAGCUAUUUUUUCUUAUUGCAACUUUGGUUUGAAACAGUUCUUUUUAUUUGCGGCUGUUAUGGUCUAUGACCUGGUUUUACUUUUUACUUUCUUUGUGUCUAUCCUCACUUUAAAUCUAGAAAUGUGCAGAUAUAAUGCCAAUGAAAACGUUAGACGUGUUUUGAUGGAAGAAGGUUUAUCGGAGUCAGCGGCUCGUCAAGUUGCUGAAAAUAACCAAUUUGCUGCCGAAACAAACAAGAAAGGUAGUUUCCAACCCUUUAGAUGGGUUUACGAGCCUCGCUUUCUUUUCGUUAUUGCAUUUGUUGUUUUUAAUCUUUUUGAACUUUGUUCUAUCCCGUUCAAGCAUUAUGCAGUAACAUCUGCUGCUGCCGCUAGAUUGAUUCCUUUGGUUCGCUCCGAAUAUCCGGAAACAAAUACCCAGGGCCUUUUAGAUGACCACGUCUUUGAUGAAAUUCUCUCAUAUUUGUUUAACUUUACCCACAACAAGGAUACAAUUUCCGUUAGAAUCCUGCCAUCCGUGUUUUACGGCACUGAUUUACCUCAAUCCUCUGUCAUCACAACAAUUCAUUCUUUUAUACAUAACUGGACCAAAUCAAUUAGUGGAUCUUUCCUAUCGAAAUGGGUUAUCUUCGGUUUGUCUAUAAGUAUUGGUGCAAAUAUUUUCCUUCUGAAUGCUGCUCGGCUAAAUUCCAUGAAAAAUGAUAGUGACAAGAAAGUUGUUGAAAAAGUGGUUGAGGUAGUAAAAUAUUUGCCUGAAUCCGAGAAUCCUGCCUCCGAAACCGCUGUUGAAAAGAACGUGAGCACAAUAGUACGUCCUUUGGAAGAAUGCAUUUCUCUAUAUAGUGACGGACAAGUCUCAUCGCUGAAUGAUGAAGAGGUUAUCCAACUUGUCGUGGCCCGUAAAAUUCCCUUGUACGCUUUAGAACGGGUUUUGAAGGACGCUCUUAGAGCAGUAGUCAUUCGCCGUGCAGCUGUUUCUCGAUCUUCAAGAACACAAACUCUGGAAGCUUCUAAUUGUCCGGUUUAUCAUUAUGAUUAUUCAAGAGUUCUUAAUGCUUGUUGUGAAAAUGUCAUUGGUUAUAUACCUUUGCCUCUUGGUGUUGCCGGUCCAGUUAUUAUUGAUGGCAAGCCCUAUUACGUUCCUAUGGCUACUACUGAAGGUGCUUUGGUUGCUUCAACCAUGCGUGGCUGCAAAGCCAUCAAUGCUGGUGGUGGUGCUGUUACCGUGCUAACUCGUGAUGAGAUGUCUCGUGGUCCUUGUAUUUCGUUCCCUAAUUUAACGCGCGCAGGUCGUGCUAAGCUUUGGUUGGAUAGUCCUGAAGGAACUGAAGUUAUAACGAAAGCUUUCAACUCUACUAGUAGAUUCGCUCGUCUUCAGCGGAUUAAGACUGCUUUGGCUGGAACUCGCUUAUUCAUUCGUUUUUGUACUUCUACUGGUGACGCUAUGGGUAUGAAUAUGAUAUCAAAAGGUGUUGAGCAUGCAUUGACUGUUAUGAGUUCCGAAGCUGGAUUUGAAGAUAUGAGCGUUAUUAGCUUAUCCGGAAAUUAUUGCACUGAUAAAAAGCCAGCUGCUAUAAACUGGAUUGAUGGUCGUGGAAAGAGUGUUAUUGCAGAAGCUAUUAUUCCUGGUGAGGCUGUGAAAUCUAUAUUGAAGACUACUGUCGAUGAUUUAGUCAAAUUAAAUGUUGACAAGAAUCUUAUUGGUAGUGCCAUGGCUGGAAGCGUGGGUGGUUUCAAUGCUCAUGCCGGAAAUAUCGUGACGGCAAUCUUUCUCGCAACUGGACAAGAUCCUGCUCAGAACAUCGAGAGUAGUAAUUGUAUCACUCUUAUGGAUAAUGUCGAUGGUAAUUUACAGCUUAGUGUUUCCAUGCCUUCCAUUGAGGUUGGGACUAUUGGUGGUGGUACAGUUUUGGAACCCCAGCAAGCUAUGCUUGACCUCCUAGGUGUCAAGGGAGCACAUUUAACGUCCCCUGGUGAUAAUGCUCGUCAGCUGGCAAAGGUUAUUGCUGCUGGUGUCAUGGCUGGCGAGUUAUCUUUAUGCUCUGCACUUGCAACCGGCCAUUUGGUAAAGUCCCAUAUCGGCCUCAAUCGUAGUGCACUAAACACUCCUGCUGAUUCCAAAACCCCUCAAUCAUCAAGUGCGCCCAACCAGACUGUUCCUCACUUAAGUAUUCGUUAAAUCCUAAAAAGUAUCUAGAAACCGUUAUUUUAUAAUUAACUGUACGUUGCGUCAGUACUGAUAACAGUCUCAAUUCUUGACUUUAAUGACUCCGGGUUCUAUAUCCUGAAAGAUUUAUAACAUUUAGUAUAAUAAAAUUAAAUCCUGUUCUCUAAUCAAGUAA